UGGAAACGUAGUUAGUCAGGAGAGUUGAACAAAUUUUAGAAAUUUAUCAGAAAAUUUGUAAAAUAAAAAUGUGCAAAAACAUUAUAUUUCUUUAAUGUAUAACUGAAUUCCAAAAUAAAACAAAGAAAAUGGACAAUGUACUCACAUCCACAAUCCCAAUAUCCACGAAGGUAAACAAAUCGUUUGAACAACCUGCCUCCGAUGAUGACGAACACGAGGGCUAUGAUCUAUUCAUGGGCAUCUUGGAACUGAGCGUUAGCCUUGGCAACUUCAACCACAAUGUGGCCAAAUCAGUGGAAUUCAUAAAGGAACACAAUACGCCUUCGAGCAACUCAUUCGAACUGGUCUUGCUCAAUGAUUUUCGAAUUCAAUUUGAACAACUGCAGAAGGGAACGGAUAUCGAGGAAAUGACACUUCACGAAACAAGGGGUGAUCUUUUCAUUCGUCUCUACAAGGAAUUGGUGGAUAUAGAGCUGGAUGAGGAAAAGCGAUAUGGGUACCUAAAGCUCUGCUAUGAACUCUUCGAUUCCGGGCAACCAAAACUUAAGGGUCGGGAAAAGUCCUUUAGUUAUCGCUUGGAACUUAUCGAUGGUUUAUAUGCUCAGGUUCAAAACAUACUACAUCGUCUUGAUGGAAAUACCCGGACAUCUUCAGACCUUGACUUAAGAUCCUCGGACUCUCUAAUUAAUAUGUAUCUGGAAUGCAUUAAAAUGAAAAAUGUAGAUUCAAUGGAAGGUUUUGGAAUAAAGAAUCCAGUGAAAGAAUUGAAGCCUGACCAAAGGAUCUCUAAAACAAAUGAAGCGAUCACCGAAAUGAAAAUUGAAGGUUACUACUGGAUUGAGGUUGGCAAUGCAAUAAGCAUGUGCGUUUCAAGGGGUUUUAGAUUCGAAAAGGGUAUCUCUGUGAUUACUGAUCAAUUAAUGACGUCCGAGCAAGCUCCACGAAAUCCCACAGGUUUUCUUGAUGAAUUGACUGCCAAUGAAAAUAACUCUAAUAACCGUUCAGAAAAAGAACAGGUCAAAUUUGAAGUCAGUUCCCAGAAUGAUACUGAAAAUAAUUUUUUAAAUGCUCCUGAGGAAAUUCCAAUUUACAAUUUGGGGAGCCUUGCUGUGGAUAUUUAUGAAUAUAUUUCCGAUGAUCUUACUGCUGUUAAUAAUAUUUCUAUAGCAGUAUCGAAUAGUUUUGAUGAUUAUAAAAGUCUUUCCAAAAAGAAGGCCUCAAGUGAUUUGAGAUUUGCGAAUGGAUUGGCUAAUUUAACUAGUCACACAAGAACACAUGAACUCGUAAUGACAUCUGAACAUUUUCUGGAUGGAUAUUUAAUCCCGGUGGAUAGGAAAGUUAAGGAUAUUAAAACUUUGAUCAAUGAGGAAGCUGCUUCUCUGAAAUCUUUUGAAAACAAUACUUUAUAUGCUCCUGAGAACGUUUUUAUUGAAAUUCCUGAGCUCGAUUUGAGUAAUCUUUCUGAGGAUGAAACUUUUUACGAUUUUAACAUUUCCGAUGAAUCUGCAGCGAGUGUCACUGUAAAUUAUGAUCCCACAGAAUCUCAAACAGAUGUUUCUAUAAGGAGUACCGUGUGUUUCGAUACUCCCAACGGUCAUUCAGAAAAAUGUUCCCUUAAAGAUGAAUUUGAAAUCCCCAUAAGUGAUAAUUGUUCUAUUUCACCGUUAACUUCCUUCAGACAUAAAAUUAGUCAAGGAUCUGAAAAUAAUUGCGAUUCUCAAGAUUCUCAUAGUCAUUUGGAAACGAUUAAAGAGAUAUAUGCUAAAUACAGAAAUUCACAUCAAAGGAUAACUGAAGUAGAAGAAAAAAAAGAUUUGGAAACCCUAAAAUCCUUUUCAUUAUUAUCUGUUACUGAGAAAAGCCGGUCACUAAAUAAUACUAACAAAAAAGGAACCUCGCAGAAAAAUAAUUCAAGACUUCAAAAGACGCCGAAAGAAGUGGAUUCCUCAGAAGAGGAAAUUAUGACUCAACUGCGGCAAACUGUAAGUGAUAUUAAGCUAAGCCUUUUAAAAAAAGUUGAUAAGUCAUUGGAAUUUACUUUACCAAAACCUUCUGAUGUUCUAUUGAGAAAACCCUCUACGGAUAAAGUUAAAAGCGAGCAAAAAAAUUAUGGGCGAAAUUCUAAAUUUACUGAUGAGCUUCGUUUAAAUUCUCCAAAAAAGACUUCUCCAAGAAUUAAUAUUUCCAAGGAUCCCUCAAAAAAAAAAUUCAAUAAAUCUGGUAUUAAACAGGACGAUCAGGAAAAGCUUUCACCGAAAUUAAGUCCAAUUACUCAAACAAUUGGAGUCACUGAACAGCUCGUUUUGAAGGAAGUGGAUAGGUCUUUGUCCGAUGUAUCAGGAAAAAAUCAAACUAAAGCUCUAAUUAAAAAGGAAAUAAACCGUAAAGAUGUGGUUAAAAACGAUUCCCCAAAAAUGUUUAUAAGCAAAAGUGAUGAUCGAGAGGAUAUUAAAUCACCUUCACAUAGAUUAAGCUUUGCUGCCUCAAACACAUGCUGUUUGGUGAAAGAUGAUCUGAAUAAUAAUUUAACACCAGAAAAGUUAAAUGAAUCGGACGAUCAAGAAAUACUUUCACCAAUAAUAAGUCAAAUAUCGAAAACGGUCAGUGAAGUUAAGCUGCACAUUUUAAAGGAAGUGGAUAAGACCUUAUCCGAGGUGACAGGAAAGAAUCAUACCGAUAAAGUACGUUUUGAUAAGAAAAGAAACCAUAAAGAUGUAGUCAAAAUAGAUACUUUGAAAAUGCAUAUGACCUACAGUGAUGAUUCGGAGGAUUUGAAGUCGAAGGAUCCGAGUAUUGAGCUAACUCCAAGGAAUGUAAAUGAAUUCGUCGCUGAACAGGAUGAACAGGAUAUGUUUUCACCAAUAUUGAGUCAAAUUGUACGAACGGUAAGUGACGUUAAGCUGAACAUUUUAAAAGAAGUGGAUAAAUCACUAUCGGAAUUGAGCUUAAGAAGUGCAUCCAAUGUUUUAUUAAAACAUCCAUCUGAGGAAAAUUUGAGUACUGGCACAUUAUCAUUUGCUGAUGAAAGUAAUUUAAGCAUCGAUAAUCGUAAAGAACUAGUAAAAAGUGAUGUUAAAAUGGACUUUGAGAUACUUGAUAAACCUGUUCUUGAAAGUUUGUGUUUAAAAGAGAGGAAAUAUGAAAAACUGGUUAAGAGCGAUGGUAAAAUGGAUGUGAAAGUAAAUUCUGUAAAAACUUUAUCUAAGCUGAGCUUUGUAACUAACAAGGAUAGAUUUGAUCCUGAAAGCUUAAGUUUUACUGAUGAUUUAAAGGAACCUUCAGCAAAAACUAUAUCUCAGGAAUGUGAGUCUCGGCAAAGCUUUAAAAAAAAAGUGGAUACAUUUUUUCACGAAGUCUUCAAUUUAGAUCAGGGACACUGGAAUGGUUCAGACAAUUUCGAGGCGUCUUUUGAUGAAAUCCAAUUUAAUAAAGAACAAAGAAGUUUCACAACACCUUUACCCAAAUGGCAGCAUCAACGGCACGUCAUUGCAGCCCCUCGUGUUGUAAUCAAAACCUUUAAAUCGAACCCCGCCUAUGAGUGGUCUCCGCAUGACCCGAAUGCUCCCGAUUUCUAUGAACAAUUGGAUCAGUUUUUUGAGAUCAGGGGCCAACAAAAUAGUGGCCUAGCUGAAGAUUCCGAUGGACCCUCGAUUGAAUCUCGGGUGAGCUUGAUAAUAGAUAACAUUAGAAAGGAAAUGCCCAGAGACAUUAGUUACUAUGGUUGGAUGGAUGCGGUGGGAAAAUUCAAACUGGGACAACUGCUCACUCGCGAAGAGAAAAGUGCCUAUGAAUCAGUGCGAUGGAAAUCCAGGGAUAGAGGUGAUCAGGAUCUGUCGGCGGAAUCUCGAUUCACUGAUGCCCUCCACGGAAUGAUUGGUUAUGAGUCACCUCACUUAAAGGCCUCAUCCUUAACUGGCUUGCUGCAGUUGCGUUCGCCUCUGCAUCAGGAGAGCAUCAGUGAGUCCUAUCUUCUGGUGAGCCUUGGCCACUUGGGCUACCUUUAUCAAUCCUUAAAGGAUCAGCUGGUGAUACUUGAUCAAAAGGGAGCGACUGCUGCUGCUCUCCGAUCAUGUCUGCAGAAGGACCUCCUGAUUUUCCACCAAUUCUACGAUUCACGGAAAAAGAAACCAAGCAGCCUUCUUUUUCUGCACCGAAAAACUCGUCAAUUCCAGGUGCACUUUCAGUGGCUUUUAGAUGUUCUGCAAAAAGUUCAGAAUGAAAAGUCUAUUGUUGUUUCACUGUACGAGGAAUCAGGCCGAAGAGUCGGUUCACAAAAAGACUUGAUGAUUAAGUGGUUGAAAGUGGUUAGUAAACCAUUGAUAAAAAAGCUUUAUCGCUGGCUUCAUUGGGGACAAUUGAGAGUUUUUGAUUGCGAAGAGUUUCUAAUUGAACGAUGUUUAACAUCGACUAUAGAUGAUUUCUGGCAGAAACGCUAUAGAUUAACAAAGUCCUUCUCAAGGUUUUUCGACCAUCAUCUCAGUGAAACUCUAAUUAGUGUGGGCAAGACCUUGGCGUUCUCAAAAAAGUACUUGGGUCUUAAAAUUGAACUAAAUAUAAUUCACAAAAAACUACAGUCCUCGUUGCUAGAGGCAUUUGAAAAGUUUUUUAAGUACGGCGAUCAGGAAACACUCUAUGAAGUUGUCCAGGAUCUGCACUCAUUAGUAUCUAAUACGGUUCUCAGUCAUCUUCGGGAAAACGAAUUAAAUCCCGAGGAUAUAUUUUUCCAGCUCCACAAAUACUUGAUGCUUACGGACUUAAAGUUUACCAAGGAGUUAUUGGAAGUCCUCGAACCCAUCCUUGAAGAACCAGCCAACUGUUUUAAUGUUAAACUUGUGAACCGAAUGAAAGAUCAAAUGUUACACAACCCUAUUCCGGACAUCUAUAUAGAUAAAGUUGAAAACGGAGGAUCCAAGUGUUGGUCACUUCUUGUCCUUCGUUGGAAACUUCCAAGACACUGGAAAGCUCUUCUCGGUGAGGAUGCCUUGAAGUAUGAUGAGAUUUUUCCAGGCUUGUGGAGAUUCCAUUACGUCAACUAUGUGCUCAGCGAAAGAAUACUUCGGCAGCAGUUGCAUUUCCAAAAUCGCAUGGAUUUCAAAUCCUUCGAGGGUCUUGAAGAAACAAACUUGUGUUUUGUCAGGAUAAUCAACAUUUUUAUACGUGUAAUGAAGGUUCUAAAAUAUUAUUUGCUUAGUAAUGUAUUAAAACCAGCAUUGGAAAGUCUUCUGUUAGCCUGUAGUCAGGCCGAUACCCUUGAAGAUAUAUUGAAGGCGAAUAGAACCUACCUGGAGACUAUUAAACAAGGGUCCUUUCAAACCAAAAAUCGUUGCAAGUCGAAUCUAUAUCUAGAGAAAAUGUAUAGUUUCAUACUAAAACUCGGUUAUCAGCAGCAAAAGUUCUACAGACUCACUCAAAUUUUACUUGACUUUGUGAUAGAAGUUCAGGUAAAUUAUGCAUUGGAUUCCAAUAAAUACAAAGAUCGAAUGUUGGAAUUUCAAUGGUCCUGUCAAAAUUUCUCGGAUAACAUUAACGAGAUCGAAGAGAAAUUUCACUUGGCGAUGGUUAAUUUUUUGUUUAGUCUGCAUUUAUCUGAUGAAGAUUCACUGAGAUUGCUGGCUUUAAGGUUGGAUCACAAACGAUAUUAUAUCAAAAGGAAUGACAGAUUGGGUGUAGUACAAUCCUUCGAAUUCAAGAGGAAGACGCGAAUGAAUUGCUCGGUAGACAGCAGUUAAUAAUAUUCUGAGUUGUAAAUAUAUUCUUCUUUAUAUUUUUGUACCUGACACAAAAUAAGUAUUUUCGAACUACUGGUUUUGUAAAAUAUUUUAUCACUACAAAUCUGUAUCUCUUGCUUACUUAAAAUUCGGAUAAUUUUCAA